CGAAGUACUCGUUCGGUCAGAGCCACCAUCGGAGGAUCCUCGACUUCGUGAGGUCUUGUGGGUUUCGAGACAAUGGAAAUACUUCGGGGAGGGAGCAGGCGGGGGAUGAGGAGUACGACGACAGCGAGGACGAGAGGAGGGCGGCCGAGGGGGGAGGUGAUGAUGGACAGAGAUACACAUGACAUGGACGUGCGGCGAGAGGUGGAGCACGCCAAGAGUAAGAUGAGGGGGGACAAGGUCGUUGACGAGGACACUACCCCGGACGAGGACAACGACGAUGACGAUGACGACAAGGAUCAGGGCGCAGACAUUGGAGCCUCUCUUGAUGGGGGGCUGAUGGCCGCUGGCCCCGAGGCCGUGGUGGAGCGAUGGAAGGACGUGUUCGACAAGUUCGGUGUCGAAAACGUCAACGCCAUUUGCACUGAUUCCGCGUCCGCGUCUGUGGCUGCAUCCAAGCUCCUCGCGAAGGAGGAAGUCAAGUACAGUCGCAUUACUUGGCUUCCGUGUGCGGUCCAUGUCUGCAACUUGUUGUUGUCAGACAUCGUGAAGGACGGCACCAACGGGAAGCUUGGGAAGAGGGAGGACACCAUCAUUAGGGCUCGAGUUGUCGUGUGUUUCAUCAGAGAGCACGGGGCGGCUCUUGGCCUUUAUCGACGGUUCUCUGCCGCCCACCUCUUCCGCCUCCGCAGUUGCGGCCAGUUCCAACGCUGCGCCACCCUCGUCUCAGCAGCGAGGCAGAGAGCUUGUGUACCCCGCACAGACGAGGUUUGCAACGCACUACAUGAUGCUAGAGAGGUUGUUGGAUCGUCGCCGAGCGUUGGAGGCGUGAGCGACGACUGGUUGCGGACUGCAUGGAGGAGGUCCGUUUUCUUGCAGGCCAGGUGGGUGCGUCAUCAAGUGCGGUACGCGUCAUUUUGGGAGCACGUGGAGGACAUCGUGGAACUGAUGACGCCUGUGAUGCAGCUGCUACGCCGUUUGGACAGAGGGGGGCGCGUGAUGACUCGCAUGUGGUCGUGGGCGCUUGCCAUGGUUGACAGGGUGGUGAGGGCGAGACUGAACAGGACGUCGAUGGAGGAGCUCAACAUCAUUGUUCAGGCUUGUCAGGCGCGGGUCGAUCAUAUUUGGCGGAGUUUCUUAGUCGGGAGGGCGAUUUACGGAGGGGUUGAGGGUGACGGGGACGCGGCCUCCUACAGAGGGGAGAAGGAGACGUCGCAGGUCGGGAAGUGGUGGGUGCAGCACGGGGACGGGGUCCCUCUCCUUCAGAGUUACACCAUUCGCCUGACGCACACAUGGACGUGCGCCUCUCCAGCGGAGAGGAACUGGGUCGUCCAUGAGCGUGUUCAGGUGAAGAAGCGUAACCAGCUUGGUUUUAUCAAGCUUGCUCGUUUGGUGGAGAUAUCCACCAACUUGAGAUUGAGUCACUGUCAAGGGAGGGGUUCAGGGUACGUUUUGCCAUGGGAGGAUGCUGAGGAGGAGUCAGAGGACACUAUUCCUCCGCCUCGCGACGAGGGUGUUCGGCCAGCUGACCGAGUCACGGAGGCGCAGCGCGAGCGGCAGAUGCAGCGCGGGCGGAAGGAUCGUCUUUCGAAGGCUCCGCCUUGCGUCCAGACGUAUUUCGGUCGUCGCGCCACGGUGCUCAUGCCGACUGACUUGGACGCCGUGUACGAUCCCGAGCCUGAUCCUAUGGCUCAGGACCCGAUUGAUGCGGAGCCGUGGUCUGAUCUAGACGAUCUGGCAGUGGAGUUAGAGCCUGGAGAUUCUGAUGAUGGUCGCGACGAUGUUCCUCUCGCCGAGACGUUGCGUCCUCGGACGCGUGCUUCCACUGCAGCCGCUGCGCUGCUGGUGCAGGCAGGGGAGGCAGUGGUGCAGGCAGGGGUGUGGAGGGUGCAUGACACACAGGGGGGUGCAGGCCGUGGUGGCGGAGGAUGGGCGAGGCGAGAGUCUGCAUCGUCCACUCGCACUGUGCACUGGGUUGAUGAGGGUGCCGCGACAGGAGAGGUCGGCACCGGGUCGGCAGAGUUUGGUGCUGCGUCGGCAGAGUUUGGUGCUGCGUCGGCAAAGGCCGCUCCCUUCGCUGCAGAGUUUGCCGCGGAGUCUGAGGAGGUCGCAGGCGGGCUUGCAGAGGUUGAUGGCAAGGCUGCACAUGUUCGGAGGGCUUCUGCGCAGUUGGGUGCCAGUUUCAGUGGUAUUUUUGAUGUUUCGUUAGGGCUUUCUCCGACACCGGCAGGCGAGCAUGGCAAUGGUGAUGCCGACGCAGCGGCUACGCCCGAGCGAGCGCCAGAAUCGGAGCAGGAUAGGAUUGACCGCGAGGAGAGGGAGAGGCCGCAGAACUUGGCUAGUCGUUGCGAGAUGACACAGAGUAUUGCAUUGAGGGCAUGGGCAGAGUGGAUGCUCGAGACGGGCGGUGGUGAGGGUCAUCGUGCGAUGGGCGAUGAAGUGCUUGAGUGUGGUCAUGCGGGCGGUGGGGAUGGAGGCGAGAGACCCGCGUCGCCGGUUCAGGGUAUUUGUAUAUUGCCUAUCGGUGGACCCAUGACGGCGGGGGAGUUGGAGCGGCAGGCACGGGAGGACCCAUUGCAGGCAGAUCGACGCGGAUGGAUGGAUGAGGCGUCGAGGAGGUUCAUGGCAGAGGGCCCAGCUUACGUGUCGUGCAGCCCGUCACUGCCAUCGUCCACCACAGAUGCCACUACCCCCGUACAUGUUGAGGGUCCAGUCACGGGACGGAUUCCCGCACUGGCACCUGCAGAGUCUCCGUCUCCUAAAUCAUGGAAGAAGAAGAUGAGAGUAGGUAAGAGUCUUAGUACUGUGAGGAGGGUGACGCAGACGAUGCGGGAGAGUCAACCCGGGUUGGCCGGUUUACAUCCGCGAACUCGGGAUGCAUUGGUCGGGGACGUUGUCGCGGAGACAGCAGGUUGGAGGGAGAGGGCCUCCACCCGGGCGACGGAGCAGCCCAUGACAGCACCUGCUGAGGCGGCGAUGCCACGUACUGGGGGGCAUACAACAGGUGGGUGCAAGGUCUUCUCCAAGAUCUAUCUCAAGUCUGGCUACCACCAGAUUGAAGUCGAUCCUGCGGACCAGCACAAGACUGCGUUCAAAACACGCGACGGGCUUUAUGAGAUCAUCGUAAUGCCCUUCGGUCUCACGAACGCACCAGCCACUUUUCAAAGCCUCAUGGACAAGAUCCUCCGCGAACAGAUUAGCCGGUUCGUGGUAGUCUACCUUGAUGAUAUCUUGAUCUUCAGCAAGUCCAUAGAGGAACAUCUCAAGCAUCUUGAGGAAGUGCUCGCUAUCCUCAAGAAGACGCAACUCCAUCUCAACUUGGAGAAAUCCGAGUUUGGGAAGGAUAGCGUCAUCUAUCUUGGGCAUCGGUUGUCUGCUGCAGGCCUAGAGCCUGAGGCAACCAAGAUUGAGGUCAUACGCGAUUGGCCUCRGCCURCGAACAUUCGCGAAUUGCRUUYUUUCCUUGGUCUCRCRUYGUAUUAUCGRAAGUUUGUACCCCGUUUUUCUAUCAUUGCUCGUCCAUUGUCGCGACUAACCAGUAAAAAUGUGCCUUAUUCCUGGGAUGCCGCGUGUACAAAAGUUUUUCAAGCUCUCAAGGAAGCCUUGGUAAGUUACCCAAUACUCCGCAUUGCAGAUCCCAAACUGACAUUCGUAGUUACUACGGAUGCAAGUCAGUAUGGAAUCGGUGCAGUGCUGCAACAAGAUGAUGGCGAUGGCUUGCGGACACUCGAGUACUAUAGCAAACGGAUGCCCAGCGUAAAGGUAGCCACUUCCACCUACAUGCGCGAACUCUAUGCCUUGCGUAUGGCAUUGGAUCACUGGAAACAUUAUCUUUUGGGGCACCACUUCAAAGUCUUCUCAUAUCAUGAGACCCUGAAGUGGAUCAAACAGCAAACUACCCUGUCCCCUACCUUGCUUCGCAGGUUCCAUGAGAUUGACAUCUUCGAUUUUGAAUUAAGACACAAAAAGGGUUGUUAUAAUCGAGUCGCUGACGCAUUGUCUCGCCACCCUGAGUACAUGACUUGCCUUGUGAAAUCCUACGGCCUCCGGAAGAAACUGAAGGAGGAACUCGUAGAGCAAACAACUAAGGAUCCGAAACUUAAUUCCAUCCUUGAGCGGCUGCGAGCUGAUCCUAGUAGUCAGCCUGAUUUCCCCAAGUACGGAGGACUGAUUUUUCGUCGCUACGGGAACCAUGACCGUUUGUGUGUGCCCAACCAUGAGCCUCUCCGCACACACUUUCUGGAUUUGGCUCAUGGCCGGAGCGGGCACUUCGGCAUGGCAAAAACGUACGCUAAUUUGCUGAGACAAUUUGAUUGGAUUGGCGUGAAAAGGACUGCUGAGAAGUUUGUAGCUGAAUGUCAAGUCUGUCAACGGAUCAAACCAUGCAGACAAAAGCCCAUGGGGCUACUCACAUCCCUACCCAUUCCUGAUGGUCCCGAGGAGUCUGUCUCCAUCGACUUUACUGACAUGGGUAAGGUAAGCAAAAACGGUUAUUCCCAAGUCAUGGUGAUUGUUGACUGAUUUUCAUAAUUUCUUAAUCUGUUCCCUUUGCCGCCCCGCGCCCCAACAGAUCUAGUGAUUCGUGAAUUCCAACAGAAAUACAUUCUGCAAUUCGGAACCCCGAAGACUCUUGUGAACGAUCGGGAUCCGCGUUUCAUUAGCACUGAAUGGAAGGAUUUCACGUCUCACCUAGGAAUCAAACUGUGCAUGACAUCAAGUUGACACCCCGAAGCCAACGGUGUGACUGAGGAGAUCAACCAGACUGUAUUUCAACUUCUCCACCCGUUGAUUAUUCCGGACCAGGAGACAUGGGAUGAGGAGCUAUAUUCUGUUAAGGGUUUGUACAACAACUCCGUCCAUUCUGUCACCGCCAUGACACCCAACAGGUUGCACUACGGUUGGCAGAUCCGUAAUUCGCUCUCCUACUUAUUCCUUAAGCAGCCAGCUGGCUUAACACCUGGCAGGCCCGACUUCAGGGCUAAGUAUGAUCGCUUGCUCAAAGCUGCUAUUGCAGCUAUGACCAAGUGGCAGCAUGCCAUGAUCCACCAUGCGAACAAAAAGUGUCGACCAUC